AUGUGCGAUCGGCAGGAUUUCGUGGCCGUGCCGCCUCUGUCCGGCAGCCUCACUUUGGGCAUGCCGCCUGCAAAGACGGCUGUUACCGUGCCCUUUGCACACAAGACGGCCAGUUUUGGGGUAUCGAACGUUCUGGAUCUUGGCUCCGGCAAGGGCUAUCUGGCCCGCAUCCUUGCCAACGGGUUUGGCCUCAAGGUGUGCUGUGUCGACCACAACAGAGACCGUCUCAAAUCCAGUCUGCGCGUCCACAAGCUCAUACAACAGGAACAGGUGUCGCAGACCAGUCUGGGACCGUCUGGCAACCUGCAUACUGUCGCGGCUUCCAUUGAGGAAUGGGAGGAAUUUAUGGAUGAGGCUGUGAGGUUUUUUAGGCUCAACACCAGGCUCGGCGAAAAAGAGCUUGACGUCGCCGUGGUGGGGCUCCAGCUGUGUGGUGACAUGGUGUACAGAGUCAUUGACCUCGUUUCAGACUGCAACCGGCCGGGGAUUCGGCUCUGUGCGUUUUUAGUGGCCCCCUGCUGCUUGCACAAAAUUGUCUCGCUGAGAUCCAAAGCGCAUCAAGCUAGCGAGGUUUGCUUAGAGAACAUAUAUAAAGAUAUCCAGGAGUAUUUGGUGGAAAGGGGAUUUGGAGAUGUGCAUCUGGGCUAUCUGAACAUUGGCUAUUACUACAUUGAGGCCACAAGGAAAUGA